UGGUAAAUGGUGGGAAGUCUGUGCACCUGGACUUGGAGUCUGGCAGCACUUCCCGUGCUCGUCGUACUCAACGAUGUCCACAAUCUUUUCUUCGUCAUAUUGCUCGGUCUUGUGGGCUUUCAUUUUCCUGUCAUUUUCCGCGUCUCUCCCUUCGGUAUUCGCACAGCCCGCAACACUUCCAUUUUAUGACUGUUUCUCAGGAAGUGCAUCACAGAAACUUUCAGUUGACACAGUGUACUCGCAAAUCAUCAAUGGACAGACGCUGAAUAUCACGAUUUUGGGGAAUGCCUCCCAGGAGAUCGUUGCCUCUUCUGCUAACAGCACCAGCCUCUCUACCCUCUUUACGGAUGCCACGACACUUACCAUGAAUACCUUCAGUAAUAACUCUGCUUUAUGCGAUUCAUUACGCCCACCUUCUCCUCUGCCACCUCUCGGCACAAAUACCACAUAUUGCCCCAUCCCUGCGGGGCAAUUUGCACUCUCUGCAUCCAUACCAUUCAAUACCCAAAAUUCCUUGACAACUAUGGACACAGAACUCCGAGCUGUCGACCCGUCUGGAAAUGAGAUAUUAUGUCUUAGCGUCACAACCACACCACUUCAUCCUGGACCACUUGGUUCGCCAUAUGGCAAUGCCCACAUCAUAUUCUGGGCAACAGUCGGUCUUGCAGCAACUUAUUGGCUCAUCAUUGGUUUUGCUCGGAUCGUAUCUGCCUGGAGUCGGGGCUUUAGUAGACCCGGUCCAGGCAUCUGGCACCGGUUUGAGAGCACUGGGUUCAUUCUUGCUAGUGCUAUCAGCGGUGAGCGCUUUUCAACAUCACCUGCACUGAUGAGAUUUUGCUCCCCAUCGUUGCGUGAUAUCAUCUUUCACACUCAGUGGUGUGCAGCACUAGCUAUGGUUGCUGUCCAGUGGCCGCCUUUCAUUUAUCCCCUACUUUCCCAAACUGCUUGGGCAUCGCUGACGUACAACAUCACAUUGAACGCACAUUCCACGCACUGGAAUCCGCUGAAUGUCCAACCGUAUAACCCACCAUCAGACUUCGCCGAUCAGUUGGCCGAUCCGUCUUCCGUUAUCUACGUUGACCAGUCGAUUCCGAACACAAUUUUCCUACUUCCACCGAACACUACCACAGGGAUGCAAUCCUUUGCAUGGAGUGUUGGAGUGCAACCUCAAGAUCUCUUUACAAUCUGCUUAACCCUGUUCUUGGCCAUUAUAGCCGGGACAAUCUUGCUCAGUCUGUUCCUGUGGAUAGUAGAUUGGGUAUUUUCACGGCGACCGUCAGGCAAUUUACCGACAUCUGCUGCACUCACAGUCGCAACAAGCAAGGGUCAAAUUCGACGACUUUCGGCGGGAAGUAAGGACAUGCUCGACACAAGUGGAGAUGAGAGCAGAUCAUCAACCGGAUUUGGCCACAACUAUACCUUGCUCAGGAGACGCUUGUUUCGACCGGAAGUCAGCUCUUUUCACUCUAGCGUGCUCAUAGGAAACCUUGUGCGCGUUCUUGUCCUUUUUCAUUUACCUGUCACCAUAUUCUCGUGCUACGAAUUUUCAGCAGGAAGCUCAGCGUCCUCAACAGCCCUUGGUGCUCUCUCAUUCGCUCUCUUCUCCGUGAUCGCUCCUUCUCUUCUGCUCCUGCGGCUAGGCCGGACAUCAACAACCAAAUUAUAUGACGAAACACGCACUCUUCUUGCGUUAGGUCCACUUUACAAUCACUACCGUCAGAACUCGCAGCUUUUCUCAAGCUUGCUUUUCCUGUCCAACCUCGUCCUCGGUGUGACUAUAGGAUGCGGACAGCACAGUGGAACAGCACAAGCAAUUAUAAUUUUGGUGGCAGAAGUUGUUAGCGCUUUGGUCACGAGCGUUUGGUUACCAUGGGGUGCAGGAGCAGGCAUGGGCCUCAUCAGCUUCUUAUUUUGUGUUGCACGUAUCGUGGUUGCUGUGUUGCUAGUGAUUUUAACGCCAACAAUUUCAAUUGGCGCAGGCGCAGGCGGUUGGGUAGCCUAUGGCAUACUGAUCGUCCUUUGCCUUGUUUAUCUUGCGUUGUUCUUGAUUCUUGUCAUCAAGGUCAUUGAAGCUGUCGUGCGCAUUCUUGGUCAGAUCGGCUUUGAUCACUCCAGGCGGCCAGUCGAUAGCGGAUUGAUCGGUGUGCUUUCUCUUCUCGGAUGUUGCGGGCCACGGAGAGGUGGUCGCGAACGAAGACACUACAAAGCCACUGAAGUACGACAUUCACCUGUCGCUCGAGACUCUUUCACUGCACAUGAUUCAUCUUCCUAUGCACCACCCAACGCAUCUUUCGCACAGAAAGACAAAGGUUCCAGCUCCUCUCAUCAUUCUGGUGGACCCCCACCGUCAGUAUUGCGACCCGAGCAUGCUCUGCAGCCUUACAGAGAAGACAGCGAUGACGAUGCAGAAAGUGGUUAUAUCAUGGGCGCGUGGCAGCCAUUCCCAGGACCAGGUCCCCGCAGCUCAUACGACCGCACAUCGACUAGCUCACCUCCCCAACACUCCAAUUCAGGUUUUUCCCGCAUCGGUGGUGGUCGCGCCCACUAUGACUCACCGUACGCGAUUGCCAACGAGACUGGGGGGAGCUCAACUUUCACGUUCCCUAGCAUGGAACGCAAGGGUAGUGGACCUGUUGGGACACCGACGAAGACGAUCCAUGACGAUGAAGAACUACCCACCCCAACUACUUCCAUAGCGAAUGUUGCGCGUCUUCCUGCACUUACGAACUCUGGACUACCUGCUGGAGCAAUGCUGCCACACGUGCGCACGAAGAGUCAAACAGCAGUUAUUAUUGGAGAUAUAGCUGCAUUAAGUGCAACGCCUGUAAAUGCUCCCCAACAGGAGGAGCAUCCUUCGAUGGCGACCAAGACGAAUAGCGGGGAAUCGAGCAGUGAUCCUGACCAACCAAAGAAGAGACAUUGGUACAACAUUCGAAGGAAUCGCAGGCAUAGUGAGGGGGAUCGACUGGACAGUGUGGUGAGUGAAGUGGAGCCUGAAGGUAGUUCACCUCCCAAGGAUUCUGGAAAGUCGUUUGUCGUAAUUCGGGCACGGAAACCUCAGUCAUCACAACCCGAUACUCAUCCACAAAUUCACAAGGUUAGAUACUCAAUGGACGAAACUGGAGGAGGACCUUCUUCGCAAGUGAAAUCUCGGAAGCCAUGAAUUGAUAUUAUAAUGUGCAUAGACACCCUUUUAUACUUUUCUCUUACAUUGUUCUGCUUGACAUCUAUGACGUACCGCCCCGGGAUUCUUAUAGUACGAUAUCUCUUGCACGUGUAAUUCUUACUGCACUCGUGGGUCUCAACAUUUGCUCCACACUACUUUGUGUUACAGUAGUAUGUACGAUUACAGUACCUUGGACUUGAUGCAUGCAUGC